AGCAGUCGCCAAUUCAUUCGAUUCGAUCACAUAUCCACAUGUGAUUCAAGUCUGAAAGGAACAAAGAUCCCACGUGAAAUGGUGGCUCGUCACACUUGGCCGCUGCCGCUCGUGCUCGCUGUCCUGGCGGCGGCAUUGCUCGUGGCGGCGCCGGCCGUGGCGGACGCGUCGGCGCCGGUGCACCUCGAGGCGCUGCUGGCGUUCAAGAAGGGCGUCACCGCCGACCCGCUCGGCGCGCUGUCCGACUGGAUGGCGGGGGCUGGCGACGCCGUCCGCGGCGGGGUGCCGCGCCACUGCAACUGGACCGGCAUCGCCUGCGACGGCGCGGGCCGCGUCACGUCCAUCCAGCUGCUCCAGACCCAGCUCCAGGGCGCGCUCACGCCGUUCCUCGGCAACAUCUCCACGCUCCAGCUCCUCGACCUCACCGAGAACGGCUUCACCGGCGCCAUCCCGCCGCAGCUCGGCCGCCUCGGCCAGCUCCAGCAGCUCGUCCUCGCCGAGAACGGCUUCGCCGGCGGCAUCCCCCCGGAGCUCGGCGACCUGGCGAGCCUGCAGCUCCUGGACCUCAGCAACAACUCCCUCAGCGGCGGCAUCCCGAGCAGCCUCUGCAACUGCUCGGCGAUGUGGGCGCUCGGCGUGGACAUCAACAACCUCACCGGCCAAAUCCCGUCAUGCAUCGGCGAUCUGGACAAACUCCAGAUAUUCGAGGCCUUUAUGAACAAUCUCGACGGUGAGCUUCCGCCGUCAUUCGCCAAGCUCACGCAGAUGAAGUCGCUGGACCUCAGCGCCAACAAGCUGUCCGGCUCGAUCCCGCAGGAGAUCGGGAACUUCUCGCACCUCUGGAUUCUUCAGAUGUGGGAAAACCGUUUCUCCGGCCCAAUCCCGUCGGAGCUCGGCCGGUGUAAGAACCUCACCAGGCUCAACAUAUACAGCAACCGAUUCACCGGCGCCAUCCCUCGCGAGCUUGGGGAGCUCGUGAACCUGGAGGAGUUGCGCCUGAACGACAACGCGCUGUCGUCCGAGAUCCCGAGCUCGCUCGGGCGGUGCACGUCGCUGGUGGCGCUGCAGCUGUCCAUGAAUCAGCUGACCGGCUCGAUCCCACCGGAGCUCGGCGAGCUCCGGUCGCUGCAGACACUGACACUCCACGCCAACCGGCUCACCGGCACGGUUCCGACGUCUCUGACGAAUCUUGUCAACCUUACAUACCUGUCGCUCAACCAGAACUCUCUGUCUGGCCGGCUGCCGGAGAACAUCGGGUCGCUCCAGAAUCUCCAGAAGCUCGUCGUCCACGCCAACUCCCUCUCCGGCCCGAUCCCAGCGAGCAUCGCCAACUGCACGAUGCUCUCCAACGCGAGCAUGUCAAACAACGAGUUCACGGGCCACCUGCCUGCUGGGCUUGGCCGGCUAAAGGACCUCGCGUUCCUUUCAGUUGGCGCCAACUCGCUGACCGGAGGCAUACCGGAGGACCUGUUCGACUGCGGCAGCCUCCGCACGCUGGACCUGGCGUGGAACAACUUCACCGGUGGUCUGAACCGCCGCGUCGGCCAGCUCGGCGAGCUCAGACGGCUGCAUCUGCAAUGGAACGCGCUGUCGGGGACGAUACCGGAGGAGAUCGGCAACCUGACGAACCUCAUCGACCUGAAGCUCGGCGGGAACCGGUUCGCCGGCCGAAUACCGGCGAGCAUCUCCAACAUGUCGUCUUCCCUUCAGGUGCUGGACCUGUCGCACAACCGCCUCAACGGCGCCCUGCCCGACGAGCUCUUCGAGCUCCGGCAGCUCACCAUCCUCGACCUCGGGUCGAACAGGUUCGCCGGCGCGAUCCCCGCCGAGGUCUCCAACCUCCGGUCGCUCUCGUUCCUCGACCUUUCGAAGAACAGGCUGAACGGCACGUUCCCCGCCGGGCUCGGUGGCCACGAGCAGCUCCUCACGCUGGACCUGUCGCACAACCGCCUCUCCGGCGCGAUCCCCGGCGCAGCGGUCGCGGCCAUGAGCACCGUGCAGAUGUACCUCAACCUGUCCAACAACGCGUUCACGGGCCCGAUACCACGGGAGGUGGGCGGGCUCACGAUGGUCCAAGCCAUCGACCUGUCGAACAACCAGCUCUCCGGCGGCAUCCCGGCGACGCUGGCCGGCUGCAAGAACCUGUACUCGCUCGAUCUCUCGGCCAACAACCUCGUCGGCACCCUCCCGGCCGGUCUCUUCCCCCAGCUCGACCUCCUGACGACCCUCAACGUCUCCCACAACGACCUCGACGGAGAGAUCAACCCUGACAUGGCCGCGCUGAAGCACAUUCAGACGCUUGACCUGUCGAGCAACGCGUUCGCCGGGACCAUACCGCCGGCGCUGGCGAACCUGACGAGCCUGAGGGAGCUCAACCUGUCUUCCAACCACUUGGAGGGCCCCGUGCCGGACACCGGAGUGUUCAGGAACCUGAGCGUGUCGAGCCUGCAGGGCAAUCCCGGCCUCUGCGGGUGGAACCUCCUCGCGCCGUGCCACGCCGCCGGCGCUGGGAAGCCGCGGUUCUCGAGGACAGGGCUCGUGGUGCUCGUCGUGCUGCUGGUGCUGGCGUUGCUGCUGCUCUUCUCACUCGUGACGAUUCUAGUUGUUUGCUGCCGGCGAUACAAGAAGAAGAGGGUGAAGUCUGACGGCUCCUCCCAUCUGUCGGAGACCUUCGUCGUGCCGGAACUGAGGAGAUUCACAUACGGCGAGCUGGAGUCGGCCACCGGCUCGUUCGACCAAGGCAACGUGAUCGGGAGCAGCAGCCUGAGCACGGUGUACAAGGGCGUGCUCGUCGAGCCGGACGGCAAGGCCGUCGCCGUGAAGCGGCUCAACCUGGAGCAGUUCCCGGCCAUGUCGGACAAGAGCUUCCUCACGGAGCUCGCGACGCUGAGCCGGCUGAGGCACAAGAACCUGGCGCGGGUGGUCGGGUACGCGUGGGAGGCCUUCAAGAUGAAGGCCCUGGUCCUCGAGUACAUGGACAACGGCGACCUCGACGGCGCGAUACACGGCCCCGACGCGCCGCGGUGGACGGUGGCGGAGCGGCUGCGCGUGUGCGUCUCCGUGGCGCACGGGCUCGUGUACCUGCACUCCGGCUACGGAUUCCCCAUCGUGCACUGCGACGUCAAGCCCUCCAACGUCCUGCUGGACGCCGACUGGGAGGCGCGCGUCAGCGACUUUGGCACGGCGCGGAUGCUGGGCGUCCACCUGACGGACGCGGCCGCGCCCGACUCGGCGACGUCGUCGACGUUCCGGGGCACCGUCGGGUACAUGGCACCAGAGUUGGCGUACAUGCGGGGCGCCUCGCCGAAGGCGGACGUGUUCAGCUUCGGUGUCCUGGUGAUGGAGCUGUUCACCAAGCGGAGGCCGACGGGGAACAUCGAGGAGGACGGCGUGCCGAUGACGCUGCAGCAGCUCGUCGGCAACGCGCUCUCCAGGGGCCUCGAGGGCGUCGCCGGCGUGCUGGACUCCGGCAUGAAGGUGGCCACCGAGAUAGAGCUGUCCACGGCCGCCGACGCGCUGCGCCUGGCAUCGUCGUGCGCCGAGUUCGAGCCCGCGGACCGGCCCGACAUGAACGGCGUGCUCUCGGCGCUCCUCAAGAUGAGCAGAGCCUGUGGAGGAGACUAGAGCCGAGCUGAAGCAUUUGCUCCAUGUAAGAGGAGAUUCCAUCUUUUUUUCAAAGUUUUAGAAGAAGAGGUUCAAUCUUUCGAGUGGUCUGGAUGGCAUUUUGUUGUGCUCUUGUUCAUUUUGGGUGUCACAGACAAGCAAAGCUGUUUUUGUCAACUUACUAAGGGCUUUCCCUCAAUUUCAUUAGCUGGGCCACACGGGGAGAGGAUCAUGACGAAUAACUGAGCCUUGUAAGCGGUAGCCGCCAAGUAUAUCCCUUGUUGGAGUGCUUUCACAUAAUGUUAUCCUUAAUUUGUUCGUUAAGGUAAAAGUCAUGCAGAA